AUGAAAAGACAACAAGAAGACGAUCUUCGAGUAUCAAGUGAAGAUGAAGUUUUUGAAGCAUGCUUACGUUGGCUAAAUUAUGCACCCGAACAACGUAAAACAGACUUUCAUUUGAUACUUCAACAUAUUCGAUUGGCUUUUGUUAGUCCUUAUGUAUUAAUGGAUAGAGUGGCAAGCUGUAAAACAGUACAAGAAGAUGCAAUAUGUCGUGAAUUACUUCAUGAAGCAUUACAAUUCCACUUACUUGUCGAUAGGCGUUCUGAAAUGUCAACAACAAAUUCUCGAUUAAAACCACGUACAUGCUCAGAAUUAACUGAAACAUUAAUUUUUUUGGGCGGAGAAGAUGAACGAGUUGUUGUACGUGGUGUUGAAAUAUAUAAUCCCGAAAGAGAUGAAUGGAAAAAACUUUGUUGUUUACCAUAUGCUGUAUCAAAACAUGCUAUUGUUGCAUCAGGAGCUUCAACUCUUUAUUUAUGUGGUGGUGAUUAUCCGAAUGGAAGACCAAGUUCAGAAGUUUGGAAAUAUGAACAAAAACUUGAUACAUGGAUACAAUUGUCAGAUAUGUUAACACCACGAUCAGAAUUAGGUUUAGCAUUAAUUGAUGGUUAUAUAUAUGCUUGUGGUGGAACAAAUGGAGAAGUUCGUUUGAAUACUAUUGAAAGAUAUUCAAUAACUGAUAAUAAAUGGACUUUAAUUGCUUCAAUGCAAAUUGGUAUGACCAGUCCAGCUUGUUGUUCUCUGAAUGGAUAUUUGUAUAUAACCGGUGGAGCCGUACUUGAAGAAGGCGAUGCAGUUGAUCUAGUCAUGAGAUUUGAUCCACGAAAACUCGAAUGGAGUAAUGAUGUUGCUCCAAUGCGUAUUGCACGUUCAGGUUCAGCAGCUGUUGUACUUAAACGUAAAAUUUAUGUUUGUGGUGGAUUACAAUCGAAUACAGAAAAUACAAAUUUAGCUGAAGUUUAUGAUCCAACGACAAAUCAAUGGCAAUUUAUAGCACCUAUGCGUGAACAUCGUUAUCGACCAGGUGCAGCUGUUGUUAAUGAAAAAAUUUAUGUAUGUGGUGGUCAAGAUGAACAACCAGGUAAAUAUCAUGAAAGUGUUGAAUGUUAUUCAAUUGAAACAGAUCAAUGGACAAUAAUAACCGAAUUAAUAUGUGGACGAAGUUUUCUUGCAUGUGCGAUGCUUUUACUUAAAUGGUCCGAUAUUCUUUGGGAACAUGUUUGUGAAGGCGAAACUAAUUCAUUACCCGAUAUAGGUUAA